AAAAGAUAUAUUUGAGCAAUUUCUUCACGUAACACUGAAAAAUAUCCAUAAAAUGAAUAAAAUCCCCAUUUACUAAACGAUCCCGUCUUCCUCCAUCCUUCUUCUAUUCUCUCUCUCUCUCUCUCUAGCUUUUCUUGUUUCUUCUUUCACACUCUUUCCAGCUUUCACUCUUCAAAUGAGAUAAAAGAUCAAAUCUUUUCAACUCCGAUCGAUCAUCGAUGGCGAAUUCGACUUCGUUUCCAUUUACAGGUAUCUAUGACGACGGCGGCGUCGAUGGAGAGAUUUUAAAGGGUUCUUCAUCAAGUUUUGGGUUCAUGGAUAUGCUCGGGAUUUCAGACAGUUACAACCCUUUUCUAUUCGAUCUAUUUCAGCCACCGCCGGUUUUACCUCUUCCGUCGCCGGCGUCGACAUCAGAGGUAGUGAAUACACCCGUCACACCGAAUUCGCCGGCGGCGUCGAAUUACGAAGCAGUUGAAGCAGGAUCACUAGAUGAUGAAGAAGAUGAAGAUGAGCGAAAUCAAGACAAGACAAAGAAACAGUUAAAACCGAAAAAGAAGAAGCAAAAAACGGAAAGGGAACCCCGAUUUGCGUUCAUGACAAAGAGCGAAGUUGAUCAAUUGGAUGACGGCUAUAGAUGGAGAAAGUACGGACAAAAAGCUGUUAAGAACAGCCCUUAUCCAAGGAGUUACUACCGUUGCACUUUUGCAUCAUGCGGCGUGAAGAAGAGAGUUGAGCGAUCUUCUGAUGACCCUUCCAUUGUCAUAACGACAUAUGAGGGGACCCACAAACAUCCUUGUCCGGUCACACAACGUGGGAUUAACAUCGGAAUGUUUCCCGGAACAGCUAAUUCUAUGUUCGGCGGUGGUGGUGGUGGUGCCGGCGGCGGCGGAAGUAUUAACAAUUCCUCUUUUGUGAUGCCACAGUUACAGGCGGCGGCUCAUAAUCAAUAUCAUGAUUUUCAUGAUCAUAUGAUUAAUCAACCCUAUUUUGAGAAUAACAUAACUGCUGCAGAUCCACACCAGCUGAUCACAACUUAUAAUAAUUCUAGUACUAGUACUAUUCCCAUUACAUCUAAUUCGAUUCCUACCUUUUUACAAGAUUUACUGUUUUGCCCUUCAACGUUAAUGUUAAGAGAUCAAGGGUUACUUCAGGAUAUGAUCGUGCAAUCCCACCAUUGGAAGGAUCCUAAAGAGGAGGCGCAGCUAGGGUAAUUAUAUAUGUUCAUCAUCAUCAAUCACCAUUAUCAACUGUUUCUUGAUAAUAUUCAUUUUCUCUCUCUAGCUAUUAACAGAACUUAUCUACUACAACUAGCAGCUUGUUUGUGUUUAAUUUAUUUUCUUCUUUGUACUUGAAAAGGAUCAUCACGGAUAUUCAUGAUUCAUGAUCGAUCUACCAUAUGUAAUUAAAUCUUCAUUUUGGGCUU